UGAACAUUGAAUCACUUAAAACAAACGGAACUUAUUAUUUUAUAGUAAGGAGAUAAUUGAAUAUAAACAAAUAAAGAAUUCUAACAGAAAUAGACGGUUAUUCCUUGAACUGUUCUAUAACGAUGGAUACUUCAACAAAUGAACUGAUCAAUAUACUGAAAUAUGAUCAUUUAUUGAUUAUAUCAACAUAUACCAGAACAGUAUUGAUACUUGUUACAGUACUAAUAGGAGUUAUGUUACUUGUCAUAUCAUGCCAAUUAACACUAAUAAUGAUAAAGUUUGCUUCAUACUACUCCAUUUUUGUCGAUAUAUUGCUAGUUAUCGCUUCGGUAAUGGCAUUGAUGAUUGCUUUUGUUAAGAAGAUAUAUGAGAAAUAUCCAUUGAAUGUCGGCCUUGCAAUAAUUUAUUCAAUAUGCGUUGCUUCAGCGACUGGGCUUUGGAAUCUCGACGUAGCUAUUACUAUUCAGCUUGUUCCUUUUGUAAUUAAUUUGACAAUCUUUACAUCCGCUUUAUUAAUUGGGGCAUCAAUUGAAACAAGUUUAAUGGAUUCUUUCAAAGUUCUAUUGAUAAUCCUUUCAGUUAUUUCAGCUAUAAUCAUUUCAGCUAUGGUUAUCGUCUAUUUGUUUCAACAAAAUAUGACAAUAUUUUACAGUUAUUUCACUGUUGGAAAAUCACGAUAUCGAUUAUUUUAUCCAAAUUAUACUUUGGCAGCAUUAUUAUUGUAUAUUAUGUUUUCAACAGCUUUACCAAUCACUGAUGAUCUGGUUUAUACCAUAAAGAAUAAUUGGAAUGUAACAAAUUCAACUGGAUUUUCACUUUAUAAUGAUACAACCUUAUAGUUUCACUUCAUUACAGACUAUAAAACUUGGUUCCAUAUUAACUGUCUUAAAUAUAUGAUAAUACAUAUUAUUCAAGUAAAGUUAUUGUAUAAGAUCAAAGACUUUGAG